GUCAGGGAUAGAGUCAGCAGGUAUCAGCUUAGGCUUCCCCGGGGGGUGUCAGCUUUCCGUCAGGAGAUAUAAGCCCGCCGCGUCGUCCUUAUCCCCACACAAAUCGUUGGUGCUCGUCCCCUUCGGCAGUAGCUUCAGGAUGAUCGGCAAGUGGGUCGUGGUGGUGGUGGCGGCGGUGAUGUGUGCGGGAGUAAGGGCGAAGUGUCCCUCGUCAUCUGUCAUUUCUCCCUGCACGUGUCGGGAGGAGAUGCCGGGCAGGACCAUGGAGUGCAGCAGAGUCACCUCCUCCAGCCAGCUCCAGAAUGUGUUUGCGAACGACAUGCCCAACCCGCAGUUCCAGUUCUUCCAAAUCGUCAAGCUGAGUGGCCGGUGCACCCUUGAGAAGAUCCCGGCCAAUGUAUUCGGUUCCACCACCUUCAUGUUUGUGUGGUUCGGACAGACAGAUAUUACCAGCGUGGAUCCAGCGGCGUUUACUGGCAACGAGGUGAGCAUGCUGGAGCUGACCAUCGCCGACGCCAUCAAGCUCACCUCCUUCCCCUUCGACUCCCUGGCCAGCCUGAUCUCCCUGUACAAGGUGGACCUCACCCACACCAAGAUCGACACCCUCACCCACGUCGGCGCCGCACCCAACCUCACUCAGGUUUCCGUGACCAACGGGCAAGUGAAGACCAUCGAGAAGAACGCCGUGGCUGAUAUGCCCCGCCUGACCCGCCUCGACCUGCAGAACAACCCCCUCACCUCCCUCCCAGACGGCAGCCUCGCAGCCUCCACCUCCGAGCCGUGGGUGGUGUACCUGGACGGGUGUCAGAUCAACGACAUCAGCCCCACUGCCUUCCAGGGUAGCCUGCCGUCCGGCGUGUUCCUUAACCACAACAAGAUGACGUCCAUCCCGGAGGCCACCUUCAGACCCAUUCUGGAGCACAUGAAGGCCUCGGAGGCAGCUGGCUCCCUCGCCCACUACGUCGACCUCACCAACAACCCCGCUGGAGUGUGACUGCGGCAUGAAGUGGGGUGGCGACGGACGAGACCCUGCUGCCCUUCGUCAAGAAACGCCGUCUGUACCAAUGGCGACGUGAAACGGCGUUGGUCUGGCCGAUCUGCCCCCUGGAUUCUUCGACUCGUGUUAGGUGUACCAUGAGUGCCUAAUGCCGUUUGAGUGACACACACACACACACACACACACACACACACACACACACACACACACACACACACACACAGAAACACGCGCGCGAAAUAAGGAGAGCUAAUUAUCGAGGUUUAUCUACAUACAUACAUCCACAAAGU